UCUUUUUAAAAAACUACUCACACAGUGGAGGAGCGGGGGAAUUGAUUUGUCCGCCAGACAGGACAGCUUUGCAGGUUGCUAAGCGACGAGGCGCCAGCGCGCGCACACCGGGCCGCUGGGCGCACCUGAGGGAGCUGUGGCGGCCGCGACUCGGAGACUCAGUGCUCCUUUCCUAGUGCAGGGAGCCUGACGCCCCGGGAAGUGUCCGGUGAGGAGGUGAGGGGUUUGCGGAAACGCCCCCUCUGAGGCUUCCGGGGGCCGCGUGUCUUCCCCACUCCGGAGAAAGGAUAGAGAUUCCUUCUGCCAUCAGAUGUCUUUCUGCUUGACUGAACUGCACCUGUGGUCUUUGAAGAAUACCUUGCAUAUUGGGGAUAGAGACAUUGGGAUCUAUCGGUAUUAUGACAAGAAUGAGCCACCAGCAGCAGAGCAUGGUAACUUAGAAGAAAAGCAGAAGCUGGCAGAAUCACGAGAUUAUCCUUGGACUCUCAAAAACAGACGCCCAGAAAAACUUCGAGACUCACUCAAAGAGCUGGAGGAGCUGAUGCAAAACAGUCAGUGUGUGCUGAGCAAAUGGAAGAACAAAUAUGUCUGUCAGGUAAAAUGGUUUGACAAGCUUUUGCAGUGUUUAACCAUUGGAGCUGAAAACUAUGUAGUAAUUG